AUGGACAAUAAAAAUGAAAAUUUAGCAAACUGUGCUCUUGGUAGUCGUGUUGUUAUAAAUAUGUUACAAGUCGUUUUCUGUAAUGUACAUCUGCGUAACCGAGAAGAUCUGCACAUUUAUUUUGACAAUCUCUUCACUAGCCCGGAUCUUCUCGUUCAUUUGAAGAAAUAUGGAUUAGUUGCUACUGGUACAGUCAGAGCAAAUAGUGUCAAUAUCAAGAAUGCAAUCACAGAGAAAGAUGAAAGAGGAAAAUGGGAAGUGAAACACGAAAAGAAGAGUGGCAUAAAUUUUAUAACUGUGAUGGACUCCAAACCAGUUUCUCUAUUAUCCACUGCAGCUGGAGUAACGCCACUGGGAAAAGUAAAACGUCGCCAGAAAGGCAAGAAAGAAAAAAAAGAAUUAGAUUUUCCGAAUGCGUUUAUGCUGUAUAAUCAGUUAAUGGGAGGCGUUGAUUUACACGAUCAACGAUGCAAUUGA